AUGGUUAUCAUCCAAAAGCUCCACAAGGCCCUGCUUAAUACAUCCAAGAGGUAUAAGACCUAUGCAGAUCUGAAGCAAAAAGCUGUAAAAAGUCUUAAGGUGGGAGAUCGGGUUUGGGUUUCCACACGUAACCUAAGGUCGAAAAUUCCUACUAAAAAGUUUGCUCCCAGAUUUAUUGGGCCCUACCCAAUCGAAAAAGUAUUAAAUCCUGUGGCUUACAAGGUGAAGUUGCCUCCGCUUUUAAGAAUCCCUAAUGCGUUUCAUAUUUCUAUUUUAAAACCAUUGGUACUUAAUCGAUUUAGAGCUGCUCUACCUAAAUCUCCCAAGAUCCUAUCAGCUCAAGGAGACGAAUUUGAAAUUCACAAGAUCCUCGACUCCCAGAGACGAUAUGGUCGCAUCCAUCAUCGUCCACAAGCCACAGUUCCCUACUUCAGCCUCAUUCUCAAGAACUACAACUCACUGAGUCUUAGCCCCGCCUAUGUUCCUCAUUUCCCCUUGUCCCAUGAGAAGGAACUACAUCCAACCCCCUCGUCUUAUUCAUCUGCAGACAACCACUUCCUUGGUAUAGAUGCCAAAUGUUUUACACAGAACACAAAACCUAUUAACCCACAGACAGGUAAGGCAGGUGAGAGGCCACUGAUAUGUUCUGAGUGUGGGAAAUGUUUUACAUACAAAUCACAACUUGUUAUACAUAACAGAAGUCACACAGGUGAGAAGCCUUUUCCAUGUUCUGAGUGUGGGAAAUGUUUUGUAUGGAAAUCAGAUCUUGUUAUGCAUCAGAGAAGUCACACAGGUGAGAAGCCAUUUUCUUGCUCUGAGUGUGGGAAAUGUUUUACACAGAAAUCACAACUUGUUACCCAUCAGCGAAGUCACACAGGUGAGAAACCAUUUCCAUGUUCUGAGUGUGGGAAAUGUUUUGCACAGAAAUCAGAUCUUGUUACACAUCAGAGAAGUCACACAGGUGAGAAGCCAUUUUCUUGCUCUGAGUGUGGGAAGUGUUUUACACAGAAAUCACAACUUAUUCCACAUCAGCGAAGUCACACAGGUGAGAAGCCAUUUCCAUGUUCUGAGUGUGGGAAAUGUUUUGCACAGAAAUCAGAUCUUAUUGUGCAUCAGAGAUGUCACACAGGUGAGAAGCCAUUUCCAUGUUUUGAGUGUGGGAAAUGUUUUGCACAGAAAUCAUAUCUUGUUAGCCAUAACAGAAUUCACACAGGUGAAAAGCCAUUUUCUUGCUCUGAGUGUGGGAAAUGUUUUACACAGAAAUCACAUCUUGUUACACAUCAGCAAAGUCACGCAGGUGAGAGACCAUUUCCAUACUCUGAGAGAUAAGCUCUUGUUGCACACAAUAGACAUCACUCAGGUGAGGGACCAUAUUAGUCUUCUGGAGUAUACUUAUCUUUGCCUUGUAUUGUUCCUCAAGAUCCUGUCUUAUCUCCUAUGCUUUUUGCAAUAUACAUGCUACAGCAGGGUGAAAUAACCCAGUACCAAUCCUAACUGUCUAGCUGAGCUCCAGUUGUGGGUGAUGCCAGUUGGCUGUGACUCGAUUUUAGUGAAACAGGUCCUGAUAGAAGCUCACCAACAAGGGGCAGGGCUACAGCUCAGCUUUACCUACCAACCAGAUGUCAGGAAUCUGCAUUCUCCCUUGCAUCACUUCCUGUGAACAGGCGUCUCCUGGCUUCAGUCCUCUGUCUUGAGAGUAUCCCCUGUGAAUUGGACCUGUAGAACUGCAGGUUCCAGCAGUUUAGUUCCAGUCUUCAGUCUCCUGUAGCCUGGCUUAAACAGUGCUUCUAGUUAACAGCAUUUACUCCCGGUGCACUACUGAGCCCAGCCAGCAAUCAGCAGUGCAUUGCAGAAUUACUCUCCUGAUGAAUCGUUAACUUCAGAUAACACACAGCUGAUCUUAACACCCAAUCCAUAGGGGUGUGUUCUCAUAGAGAUGCAACAUCCAAUCAUCACAGACCAAGGGGUAUAAACUCCAGUUCCUGGCUCAGUCUCAUUGCCUCGGACGAGUCGCAUUUGGUGUGUCAAGGUCUCCUGGUUCCUGUCUCCAGUAGUUCCCCAUGGAUAUUCUCAUCAUUUCAUUACAUUCAUCAUUCUGCAUUUCUCCUGCUUGUUCCAGACUCCAGCCACAGCCUGCCACAGUUCAUCAGCAGUAAUAGACUCUCCUCAGAUGUUAUUCAUUGCCUAACUUGUGCACCUUAUUACCAGCAUUCCAUUCUGUGCAUUGCAUCCAGCACUUAUCAAGCAUGCUGAGUUAGGACUGUCUCCUGCCUGGGCCUUGCUUGGCUAAAGAACUUUUAUGUUACAGAGACUGUGUGCUUUUACAAGUAUUACCGGAGUUCUGUCUUCUAAACCAUUCACAUUUAUUUACCAAGUUAUUCCACGUUUAGUUAUCAGAGACUGUGCUUUGCAAGUAUAACCGGAGUU